AUGCUCGAGAAGUUCGGAUUAGUCGAGUCGGCAGCGGUCAGGGUGCCAAUCGGCGGAUUCUACAAAGACGAAGAAGAUGCGCUGCUACCUUCUGAUGGAAAAAGAUCACCAAAAAGACCAACUGUGCAGACUUUCCAGUCGCUAGUCGGUAGUCUGUUAUGGACAUCUCGAUGCACACGCCCCGACAUAGCGUUUGCGGUGCACCGAGUGACUCGUCGCUCGCACGCACCGAGUGAAGGCGAUUGGCGCCUAGCAAAGAAGAUCGCAAAAUAUCUCAAGAGCACCAAGAAACUGAAAUUCAUGAUGGAGGGAGACAAGAACUUAAUGAAAGAUGACGGCGUGGUAGUCGAAGCAUUCAGCGAUGCCGACUACCCUGCAGACAAAUGUGACCGGAAGUCGAUUUAG